AUGUUCGCCUCCAGCUUCUUCAGCUUCGUCCUCCUCGCCACCGCCGCCGUAGCUGCCCCCAAGGGCCGCCUCGCGGAUCGUCUGGCGCGGCGCGCUGAGGGCUCGCACAUGUCGCGCCCCAUGCAGCUCGUCGAGCAGCCGGAGGAGCUCAGCAACGUUUCGCAAGUUUCGUAUAGUUCUAACUGGGCCGGCGCCGUGUGGGAGAAGAGCUCAGGCACCUUCAAGUCCGUUACGGGUACUUUCGUUGUGCCCACGCCGUCUACUCCCUCGGGUGGCUCUGGCUCCUACUCUGCCUCUGCUUGGGUCGGCAUUGACGGCGACACCUGCGGAAACGCCAUUCUUCAAACCGGCGUCGACUUCACCGUGGACGGUGGCUCCGUCUCGUACGAUGCCUGGUACGAGUGGUACCCCGACUACGCGUACGACUUCUCCGGCAUCAGCUUCAGCUCGGGCGACACCGUCAAGCUGACGGUCACCGCCUCCUCGACCACGGCCGGCAAGGCCGUGAUCGAGAACGUGAGCACGGGAAAGACGGUGUCCAAGUCGAUCACGUCGUCGAGCGCGCUCUGCGAGGAGAACGCGGAGUGGAUCGUCGAGGACUACGAGGAGGGCAGCUCGCUCGUGCCCUUCGCGGACUUCGGCACAGUCACCUUUACCGGCGCGUCCGCGUCGACGGGCUCGGGCUCCACUGGCCCGUCGGGCGCGACGAUCAUCGACAUCAAGCAGAACAACAAGGUCCUUACCUCUGUCUCUACCGGCUCCAGCAGCGUCACUGUCAAGUACGUCUGA